AUGAGCCAUUACCCUAAAGACAUCGACGAGUGGCUCGAGUCUCCCCGCCGCCAGAGCGCCGUGUCCACGUCGACCGGGGACUCGGCGUCCACCAGCAUUCUUUAUUCAAGUCCAGCCACCUCCCCUGGCUCCAGGUCGCGGAAACAGUCCUGGCAGCUGUACGACGAUGUUGUCCGACUUGAGUUGAACCCAUCUGUGACAAUCUCUUUCAUGAAGAGCGGACAGCUAUUCAAGCUACGAUAUACUUUUAUCGAUGUUUGCAAAGACACAACCGGGUCACUGAAAUGUCUGGAGCUGGGAGGAGGCGUGGGCCAGCAAUCGCCUUUUGUGCAUGCGUUCCACAAUACAAAAUUACCCGUACCACAUCUCGAGCAUCCAAAGACGCGCAACGAACUACCCAUGCGCGUAACUUUUCUCGACCAACAGACCAUCCAAGCGGCUCAUACGCUGUUCAUGACCCAAUUGUCAUAUACCUUUGAAUCAUGGGAGGACUGCGUCCAAUUCCAAGAAUUACUACUCGGAUCAAAACUGAUGCUCAUUGCGGGUAUUGCAGAGGCCAAAUCCAAGGGCCGCGGAGAGGAAUGCAUCAGCCAAAAUAUCAGGAUCCUGCGCGGGCACAACAAUAGACGGGUAAUGCUUUUCUUCGCGAACUCCCAACGGAAAGAGCUGAAGCGAUAUGUCUCGAUUCCUCUCAACUGUAUCGAACAUGUUAAGCCCGGUAAAAAGGCCGGCCGCCCGGUGGUCCUGGAUCUGAAUCCAAAUUUCGACAUUCUAGAGCAGAUGCGAGUUUUGCACAUUCAGUUUCUGGAUGACAACGACUAUGGUUUCUUCUCUGCCAAUCUCCCCGGGCGGCGAAAGCACGACGUGGACCCAUACUUCGUGGUGCCCCACAGGCGUGCUCGAAUUCCGGAUGUUGAUUGGCUUGGGACCCGCAAGAAUGCGCCGUUUUACCCCAGAGACUACCUGAGGAUUCUCUUCACCAUGCGCAAGUUCCACGCAAGGCUGUACCAAACCGACCGUGCGCGGGACUUCGACCAUGAACAGGAUCGAUAUGUUCGCAUGCGCCAAAUCUACGAGACCAUCGACCGGCAGGGCUAUCAAUGGAUUGUAGUAUUGGUCGCUGGUCUCGGUUUCUUCCUAGACGGAUAUACACUCUUUGCUAGCAAUAUGGCCCUCCCUAUGGUCUCCUAUGUCUACUGGAAGGAGGAAACUUCAUCCGUCAGGCUCACCUGGAUCAACAUUGCGACCCUCGCUGGAACCCUCCUUGGUCAAGUGAUGUUCGGGUUUUUAGCCGACAAGUAUGGGCGCAAGAAGAUGUACGGAGUGGAACUUGUGUUGCUUAUCACCGCCACUGUGGGUGUGGUGAUGUCCUCCACCGGGUAUAACGGCAGCAUGAAUGUCUAUACAUGGCUCAUUUGGUGGAGGAUUCUGGUCGGUAUCGGAGUCGGUGCUGACUAUCCUCUCAGUGCGGUCAUCACAUCUGAGUUCGCUCCCACGAAACACCGCGCGCGUAUGAUGGCAACGGUCUUUUUCAUGCAACCCCUAGGACAGAUCGCAGGGAACCUUGUCUCCCUAGUUGUCAUUGCCGCCACCCGUGGCAACGGCGAUGCCGACCUUGCCCGUAGCGUCGACAGCAUGUGGCGUUGGGUUCUUGGAAUUGGUGUUGUUCCAGGCGCCAUCGCCACGCUCUUCCGAUUUGCCAUUCCCGAGAGUCCCCGGUAUCUUCUCGAUAUUGAGGACGAUCCAGUCACGGCUGAAUUCGACGCAACCACGCUGUUCAGUGACCCGCCAAUGAGCCCUGGCAUUGAAUCUGCCAGUUGGGCAACAGGCAGCCACAUUCAGCUUCCUCCAGCUGCGUGUUCAGUGGGGCGUCCGUCCAUUGACUAUGAUAACGCUCAUGAGUAUGGACGUCCACCACCAGCAACUCUCAAUUCGCACUGGCGACUCGCCCGGUCAGACAUCGUGCGGUAUUUCUGGAUCGAAGGAAACUGGCGCAGCCUGGCAGGCACAUCAAUUGCCUGGCUUCUGCUCGAUUUUGGGUUUUAUGGAAUCGGUCUCUCAAGUCCCCAGUUUCUUGCCAAGACUUGGGGCUCCCUUCAUAUCAACAACGAGUCCCCAUACUGGAUGACGGAUGACCGGCCCGGUGCCAACAUCUACCAGAUGUUUUUGGAUACUUCAGUCCGCGGCUUGGUUAUCCUCAACAUCGGCAGCUUUGUCGGUGGUCUUUUGUUGAUCCUCGUCAUACACCGCCUUGAUCGCGUGGCAUUGCAGAAGUAUAUGUUUCUUGCUCUUGCAGUCUUGUUCAUAGUCCUUGGCACUCUGUUCAUUACACUGUACCAGGGACCGCCUGCCGUGAUAGCGCUCUAUAUUAUCGGACAGGCGCUAUUCAACCUGGGUCCCAAUGCAACAACCUACAUGAUCCCCGCCGAGAUCUUUCCUACCCGCUACCGGGCGACCUGCCACGGUCUCAGUGCCGGUGCCGGCAAACUGGGCUCCAUCCUUGUCCAGAUCUUCUCUGCUUAUUACCGCUUUGGCACCGGUGCCGGGCCCCAACAGACUCGUCGGCAUGGCUGGAUACUCAUCGUCUUCAGCGCGUGUAUGAUUGUCGGUGCAAUUGUCACGCACUUCUUGAUCCCUCCAAUCCAGCACAAAGACAGUCGAGCCAAGAUCUGGGGCGGGCAGCCGGAGACAUUGGAGACCCUCGCACUCGGGCGAAUGGGGCGGCAAAGUCGCGAUGCGGCCGUUCGCAAGCGUUUGGUGCGUGGUCGAGCAUUUUCAAUGAACGGAUAA